UUACUCUAAAGUCUAAACCCGAGCCAGGAGCCAAGCCUCGGCCCCGGUCCCCAACUGCCUCUCUCCCCUCGUCGUCAUCGUCCUCCUCUCCCUCGCCUGCCCCCGGGGCCCGGUCGCGAAUGGCGGCGUGAGAAGCCCGGCCGGCUAGGGUUCGGGCGGGGAGAGAAGGGAACAUCCGUGGUCGGGCGCCAUGGCGAGCGACGUGCCCAUGAGCCCGGAGCUCGAGCAGGUCGACGGCGAGAUCCACGACAUCUUCCGCGUGCUCCAAAAUGGAUUUCAAAAGAUGGAUAAGAUUAAAGAUUCAAAUAGGCAAGCUAAACAAUUGGAAGAUCUCACAGGGAAAAUGAAGGAGUGCAAGCGCUUGAUCAAAGAGUUUGAUCGAAUUCUCAAAGAUGAUGAGUCAAAGAAUACUUCUGAGAUCAACAAGCAGCUAAAUGACAGAAAACAGUUCAUGAUCAAAGAGUUGAAUUCCUAUGUCACCUUGAGGAAAACAUACCAAAGUAGCCUUGGUAAUAAUAAUAAGAGGGUUGAGCUCUUCGAUAUGGGUGCUGGAAGUAGCGAUCCUGCUGCUGAAGACAAUGUUCAAAUGGCAUCAGUCAUGACAAAUCAACAACUCAUUGAUGCUGGAAGGAACCAAAUGGACCAAACAGAUCAAGCUAUUGAACGUUCAAAAAUGGUUGUAGCACAAACUGUUGAGACUGGAACUCAAACUGCGACAACAUUAACACAGCAAACAGAGCAAAUGAAGAGAAUUGGCAAUGAGCUAGAUUCUGUUCACUUUUCGCUGAAGAAAGCUAGCCAGUUAGUGAAAGAGAUUGGUCGUCAGGUUGCGACUGACAAAUGUAUAAUGGCAUUCCUCUUUCUGAUAGUUUUAGGUGUGAUUGCAAUCAUUGUUGUUAAGAUUGUCCAUCCAAAAGACAAAAAUAUCCGAGACAUUCCAGGACUGGCCCCGCCUGCUCAAAAUUUUCAAAUUAAUAACAGGAGGUUGUUGUGGGCAGAGGCUUUCGGUCUUUGAUGAUUGUGCUUAGAGGUUUCAUGCAGGUGCUGUGCUUGCGAUGCAGCACCUACCUAUAAGACAAUACACGUUGUAACAAUUCUUUGUGCCUGUGCAUUUAUUUUGUUGUGUUAACUACUAGGUAUUGGUGCUUUAGCUUCCUUCUUUGAUGUUUGUACACCCCUGAUCAUUUAAUUGUGUAUAUGCAAUAGAGAUGAGAUCUUUUACGA